UCGGCUCAUCACUACCGGCGUAACUACGAACAGGCCAUCCAUUUCCACGAACAGGUGCUCCGCAUAUCGCAAGAGAUCGGCGACCGUAUGAUUGAGAGCAAGGCUUACGCGGGUUUGGGUCACGCGUCGCGCUGUAUGGGCGACCUCUUGCAGGCCAAACGCUGGCACGAGAGGCAACUCAACAUCGGUUUGGUCACUAAGAAUCGCUUCAUCGAGGGUCAGGCCUGCUCUAACCUGGGACUCGUCUACCAGCUAUUAGGUGACUUUGACGGCGCCCUGAAGCUCCACUGGUCGCACCUGACCAUAUCCAAGCAGUUGAACGACUCGUCCGGUAUGGCCCGGGCGUACGGCAACAUCGGCACCGCUUAUUCGUCACUCAAAUCGUCGCAUCAAAACAAAUCCACGGCCGACACACCCCUGUCCGGUGGCACCCCUUCCCCCUCCUCCACCAUUGCCAGUCGACCCCACAAUAAACCCCUGCACACAGUCGGCACAUACUCUGUAUGAUUAGCAGAGAGUGGCUCCUGACCUGUGUGUUGACGGGUAUUGCCUGAC